GGACAAGACUCUACUCCAUUUUUACUGUAGGCAUCUCUAGUCCAAAUGAAGAUGAUUCAGAGGGCAGCACUAAUCACAUUGCUGCUCUGCUUUGCAGGCAGUGUUUGGUCUGAAGAAGAAGAAGGUGGCAUUGAAUCACAGGGAGGAAGCAUACGUGGUCCUAGAAUAUCCGAAUCUAAAGCUGAAGCUGACUGCAAACAGGAAAAAAACUGGCCAAUCUGUUCAGAUGAAGACUGGGGUCCCAAAUGUCCUUCUGGGUGCAGAAUUCAAGGAUUAACAGAUAAAACUGAUAAAGAGUUUGGCAAGAGAAUUGAAACAAUUAAACAAAAAUUAAAGGAUGGAGAAUUCAGUCACAAAAGUAUAGAUGUGCAAACCAAGCAAACAUAUGAGAUCCUUAAGAAUAACCUUGCACAGGCCCAACAAAGCGAUGGAAAGUAUAGUAAGGUGUCUGACGACCUCCGAAAGAAAAUCGAAUAUUUAAGGCUAAAAGUUUCCAAUCAAGUAGAACGAUUGAAAGGACUGCAGAGAAACAUCAGGGAUCAGGUGGUGGAAAUGAAACGUCUUGAGGUGGACAUUGAUAUAAAAAUCCGUGCUUGCAAAGGAUCUUGUGCACAGAAUACUAACUACAAAGUGGACCAUGACAGCUAUAAUAACAUACAGAAACUACUCUUGCAAGCUGAAACCACUGACAUGAGCAACCAAGUGAAUUCCAUGCGAGUGCUGAAAAUGAGACCCAUUAAGGACUCUCCAGUGGACUCUCGUUAUAAGACACUGGCUCUUGACAAAGACCAAGAAGCAGUGUUUCCAAUUUUCAAGGACAUUGAUCAAUAUGCAUUUGUUUUAGAAGGGAAAAAAGAAGUGGUAAAAGGCUCAUCCAUAGCAACCUCACCUGAUGUAUUUUCUUCUAGCAGUGGCACAAAUGUAGAUUUUCAAGGUUCCAAAGGUUAUGGCGAUGAUAAAAGUACAGGGAAAGUGACAGGGGGAGAUCAGUCAACCAAGGUCAUCACAACGGUUUCAUGCACCAAGACUAUAAAGAAGAGGGUAAUAAACACACCAGAGGGCCCUAAAGAAGAAAUAGUUGAAACAUAUAGUGGUGGUGCAGAGUGUGAAAAAUUAGGAAAAUUUAACACAGGUGACACAUUUUCAGCAGGGUCUGACGGAACUCGCAUUAUCCAAAUUACUGGAAGUAGUUCUUUGGGAGAUAUCAGUAAAAUUCCUACCUUUGAAGAUUUUUUAAGUUCAUCAGGGAAAAAAACACAAACCAGCCAAACCAGUAGCAGUAGUAGUAGUAGUACCAAUACUAAGUUUGCAACUCAUGAUGCUUUCACUGAUCUGGGAGAAGACGAGUUUGAUGACUUUAGCCAUGCAGGACUUGAUUCACCAAGUUUUACACCCAUCCAAAAAGAAGGCUCGUCUACAUAUACGAAGACCGUGGUCUCCAGCAGCAGCAGCAGGGGAAGCAGCAAAGAUGGCACUCAGUUUGAUACUAAAUCUAUGAAGAGUGGCCUAGUGUUUGAUGACUUAGGCCCUAUCCAGCACGAUAAUAGUGAAGAGGACAGGCCUGAUUUCCAGGCCCGCACUGUGAGAAAAGAAAUGAAGUUGGUUGGAGAUUACACUGGGAAAGACUGUGAUGAUAUCCGUCAAAAACACAGUUCUGGUGCCAAAAGUGGCAUUUUCAAAAUCAGGCCAGAAGGAUCCAGUAAGGUGUUAUCAGUGUAUUGCGAUCAAGAUACCCAGUUGGGAGGAUGGAUUUUGAUUCAACAGAGAGAAGAUGGAUCAGUUAAUUUUAACAGGACCUGGCAAGACUACAAGAAUGGAUUUGGUGGUGUGGAUGCCAGUGGAAAAGGAGAAGUUUGGUUGGGCAAUGAAAAUAUCCACUUACUGACCCAAAAGGAUGCAAUUAUUCGAAUUGAGUUGGAGGACUGGUCAGGGGAGAAGGUUUAUGCUGAGUACAAUUUUCAGCUAGGGUCAGAAUUAGAGGGCUUUAUUCUUAAACUAUCUCAGUAUGAAGGCACAGCUGGAGAUGCCUUGAUAGAAGGAUCCAAAGAUGAUGGAGAAUACACAUCCCACGUUAACAUGAAAUUUAGCACAUAUGAUAGGGAUAGUGACAGGUGGGAGGAAAAUUGUGCUGAAAUGUAUGGAGGUGGGUGGUGGUAUAAUAACUGCCAAGCUUCGAACCUUAAUGGAAUUUAUUACAAUGGAGGUCAAUAUGAUCCUAGAAAUAAUUUUCCUUAUGAGAUUGAAAAUGGAGUUGUUUGGGUACCUUUCAAAGCAGCAGACUAUUCCCUUAAAACUGUCAGAAUGAAAAUUAGACCCGUUGAAACAUCAGGUUAAGAUAUUUUCUUAUAACCCCCAGAACUCCCAUGAAAGAUUUGUUGUAUUAUUGUGUUUGUAUUUCCUGGAUUAAUAUAUUUUCCAACUGUAAUCAUGAACCCACUAAAAAACUCAUUUAUGUCUAA